AUGGGGAAUAUUUCAGAACAAACGGUGGUGUUGGCCCUUCCGGCGGGUGUAGGGGAGCCCGAGUCCUUGCAGUUUGUUCAAGAUGAACACGCGCUGGGGUUCUGGCAGGCCAUGCGACGGCACUGGCCGGCGGUGGCAUGGGCCUCGUUUAUGAAUCUGGCGACUAUCCUCAAAGGCAUUGAUGGUGGCAUUGUCAAAGGACUGGUCGGACUCGACGUCUUCAAAGAAACCUACGGCUACAACUACCAUGGGAGCUACAUCCUGGCCGCCCAGUGGAUCUCGGCCUUCAACUACGCCAACUUGCUGGGUGCCAUCGUGGGUGCGCUUUGCUCCGGCGUGGCGUACGACCGCUUUGGUCCGCGAGUGAUGAUCGCCGUGUGUUCCUGUCUGUCCAUCGGCUUCAUCUUCGUUCAGUUUUUCAGUCACACGCCGGCCCAGCUUUUCGUGGGCGAGCUGAUCAACGGUUGCGUCAUUGCAUUCUACCCCAUCUGCGCCUCCGCAUAUGUCGGAGAGGUGACACCUUUGGCGCUCCGUGGGUUCGCCGCUACCAUGACCAAUCUGGCUUUCUCGAUUGGCUCGCUGAUCGCUUCGGGCGUUCUCAAGGGCACAUCAUCGAUGGACAACACUCUAUCGUACCAAAUUCCCAUUGCAACACAGUGGGCACUGCCGUGCAUCAUGCUCGCGCUGAUCUUCUUCUGCCCCGAUCCACCAUACUGGUUAUGCCGCAAGGGCCGUCACGAAGCGGCCAUGGCAUCGCUGCGCCGGCUCGCCACUCCAGCUGUAGAUGUAUCCCGCCAGCUAGCCCACAUCCAAGAGACACUACAUCUGGAGGCCAGCUUUCAAGACAAUCGACCUCCGUACCUGGAGUGUCUCCGGGGACCGAACCGCCGUCGCCUUGUGAUCUGUGUGAUGGCCUACAGCAUGCAGGCCUUUACCGGGAAUGUCUUCUUCAUCAACUAUGCCGUGCACUUUAUGGAACUGGCCGGGCUGGACUCGUCGCAUGCAUUUUCGAUGAACAUCGGGCUGACCGGACUGGGGUUACUCGGGACGUGUUUGUCGUGGUUGUUGCUGCCGUACGUGGGCCGUCGGUCAAUGUACCUUUCUGGCUGCUCCGCGUUGGCAGUGGUGCUGUGUCUCAUCGGAGUACUAGAUGUUGUCCCGCAAACCUCGACCACAGUAUGGGGACAGUGCGGGCUCAUGCUGGUCUGCACGCUUGUGUACGAUCUCAGUCUCGGGCCAAUCUGCUAUGUCCUACUGGCCGAGGUGUCCUCGGCGCGACUGCGGGGGUUGACCAUUGCGUUAGCCACGAUGAGCUGCUAUGUCUGGUCGGUGGUGUUCGCGGUGGCGAUUCCGUACGCGAUGAACGAAGACGAGGGGAACUGGCGGGGCAAACUCGGAUUCUUGUUUGCAGGGACGAGUGCGCUAUGCACGGGGUAUUGUUUCUGGUGGCUACCGGAGACCAGAGGGAGGACCUUUGAGGAACUGGACGUGUUGUUUGAGAGGGGAAUUCCCAGUCGGCAGUUUCGGAAUUGCGUGGUUGAAUUGGAAUAUUUCUGCGGUAUUUCUGCUUGA